AUGGCCCCCUCAGCUACACUUGACGUUGCACCAUCGAAUGAUGUCGAGGCCACUACCUCCCCCCUUGUUGACGGGCCCGUGUCACCAUACGACCCCGCCCGGCCACUAGCCGGCAAGGUCGCACUCAUCACCGGAUCUGGUCGUGGCAUCGGCCGGGGCAUUGCUAUUGAGCUGGGACGGCGAGGCGCCAACGUCGUAGUCAACUACGGUAGCAGCAGCAAGGCCGCCGAAGAGGUCGUUGCCGAGCUGGCCAAGCUCGGCUCUAAGAGCAUCGCCCUGCAGGCGGACAUCAGCAACCCGGCCGCCGUCUCGGAGCUCUUCGAGAAGGCUGUCGAGCACUUCGGCCACCUUGACAUUGUCGUCUCCAACAGCGGCAUGGAGGUAUGGUGCCCAGAAGUCGAGGUUACUCCUGAGCUGUUCGACAAGGUCUUCAACCUCAACUGCAGGGGCCAGUUCUUCGUCGCACAACAGGGCCUGAAGCACUGCAGCCGAGGCGGUCGGAUCAUCCUUACCUCUUCCAUCGCCGCGUCCAUCGGCGGUAUUCCCAACCAUGCUUUGUAUGCUGGCUCCAAGGCUGCCGUUGAGGGUUUCACUCGCGCUUUCGCCGUCGAUUGUGGCGAGAAGGGCAUCACCGUCAACGCUAUCGCUCCGGGUGGCGUCAAGACGGACAUGUACGACGAGAACAGCUGGCACUACGUGCCCGGCGGCUAUAAGGGAAUGCCCAUGGAGAUCAUCGAUGCCGGCCUCGCCAAGAUGUGCCCCCUGAAGCGCGUCGGCACACCCGCAGAUAUCGGAAAGGCCGUCUUCACGCUCUGCAGUGAAGAGGGCGAGUGGAUCAACGGUACGUCUCUCUUUUCCUCCUUCUCCAACAAGAUCCAUCAGACUGACGGUGUAACUGCACAGGUCAAAUCAUCAAACUCACCGGUGGCAAUGCUGUUUAGAGAUAUUCAACUACCCCUGGGGUUGCUUGCUUGGGACAUGAGACAUAAACAGUUGAACGCUGUGUAA